AAAAUUUUAGAUGAUUAGUUGACAGCAGAGUCCUCUGUCAAAAAGGAGAAUUUCCGGCAAAUCGACUGCCAUCACUCUUUUCUGUUACAACUAAGCAUGCCUUUCCAAAGGUUCGUGGAGUCUGGCCGUGUGGCCGUUGUUUCCGAUGGUCCACACAAAGGAAAACUUGUCAGCAUUGUUGAUGUGAUUGACCAAACCAGAGUUUUGGUUGAUGGACCCAACAGCAACGUACCCAGAAGUCAACUGAGGCUCAACCAAUUACACUUGACCAAGUUCAGAAUUAAAUUCCCCUUCACUGGCUCCACCCGUGUUGUCCGUAAAGCAUGGAAUGACAACAAAAUUGAUGAGAAGUGGGCUGAUUCAGUAUGGGCCAAGAAAGUUGCUGCCAAGGAAAAGCGUGCCCAAUUGAGCGACUUCGAUCGUUUCAAGUUGCGCAGGGCUCGUUCACGUAGGAACAAGAUUCGUACAAUUGCUUUCUUAAACUUGAAGAAAUCUUCAUCAAGGAAUGGUACCUUGUAUGGCAAAAAGAAGGCGGCAAAGGGUGGUGAUAAGCCAAAACCUAGCAAAAAGCAAAAGCCAACAAAGCCAGAAAAGAAAGCACCUAAGAAGAAGUAAAUAUUUUAUAAGUGACAAUAAAAAACUUUAAAUAACA